AUGUCUAAUUUCAUCGAGUUAGUCAAGAGAGGUGGUAAUGAAGCCGUCAAAAUUAACAAACCAAUUGGUGUUGAUUUCCAUAUUACUGACAAAGGUUCAGAUUGGUUAUGGUCUGCCUUCUGUAUAUUUUUAUUUUUCUUCAUAAUAAUGGUAUUAUUGAUGUUCAGAAAACCUAUCAAUGAAAGAUUAUUUUACUAUACCGCUUUAGCUCCAACUGGUUUCAUGAUGAUUGCUUACUUCACAAUGGCUUCCAAUUUAGGUUGGACUCCAGUUAAAGCUAAAUAUGAUCAUGUCCAAACAAGUACACAAGCUGAACAUCCUGGUAUGAGACAAGUCUUUUAUGCCAGAUAUGUAGGUUGGUUUUUGGCCUUCCCAUGGCCAAUUAUUCAAGCCUCAAUCUUCGGUAAAACUCCACUAUGGCACAUUGCUUUCAAUGUCUGUUUCACUGAAUUCUACGUCGUUUGCUUCUUAAUUGCUGCACUAGUCCAUUCAACUUACAAAUGGGGUUACUACAGUUUUGGUAUUGCUGCCGGUAUCGUUACCUCUAUCAGUAUCAUGACUACAACCAGAAACUUAGUCAAGAACAAGGGUAAUUCUGAAUUGAUGAACGUUUUCAAAAUUUUCUACGGUAUUAUAAUGUUCUUAUGGCUUGUUUACCCAGUUGCUUUUGGUAUUAGCGAAGGUGGUAAUGUUUUACAACCAGAUUCUGAACACAUUUUCUACGGUAUCUUAGAUGUCUUAUUCUUGUGUGUCAUGCCAUGCUUAUUCGUCGUAUUCGCAUCUUAUAUUGGUAUGGAUCAUAUAGGCUACAAAUUUGAGGCACCUGAAUUGCAACCAAUGGCCCACUCAGUUCCAAAGGCACUUCCACCAAAGCUUGAAAAGAAGACAAAGAAGAAGGGUAAGAAGAGUAAAAAAAGUAAGAAAUAA